AUGGCAUCUGACGAACCUAAGAUCGAACUGUCGGCUGAAAUAAGCCCAGUACAUAUUGAGAACCGAGCUGAAAAAUGCGGUGUAGCUGGUGACUACGGGGAUCCUAUGGACAUAGCAAAGCAAGCACGCGAAGCUACCGAAGUCGAACACAGCCUAACACUCUUGGAAAACAUCAAACUGUACCCUAAAGCGAUUGCGUGGUCCAUCCUCAUGUCCACAGCCAUCAUUAUGGAAGGUUACGAUGUAGUCUUGAUGGGAUCUUUCUACGCUUACCCGUCUUUCAACAAAAAAUACGGUACUCUACAGCCCGAUGGAAAGUAUUCCCUCAGCGCUGCUUGGCAGUCUGGCCUCUCAAACGGUGUCAAUAUCGGUGCCCUGUUUGGACUGGCAUUGAAUGGAAUCGUUUCCGAACGCUAUGGGUACAGGAAGACAAUGAUGGGGGGCCUCCUUUUCACAACUGCUUUCAUUUUCAUCUUAUUCUUUGCGCAGAAUGUCCAGACUUUGCUCGUCGGGGAAAUCUUGCUCGGUAUCCCGCUAGGUGUAUUUCAAACUUUGACAGUCGCAUAUGCAUCUGAAAUAUGUCCCGUAGGCCUUCGGGCUUACUUGACCACCUACGUCAACCUAUGCUGGGUCCUCGGCCAGCUUAUCGCAUCUUGUGUACUGCGGGGCCUUGUUGAUCGGACCGAUGAGUGGUCGUAUAGAAUUCCGUUCGCACUUCAAUGGGUUUGGCCGAUUCCGAUAUUCGUUGGCGUAGCUCUAUCACCGGAAAGCCCCUGGUGGCUUGUCCGUCAAGGAAAGCACGAAGCUGCCGAAGUUGCGUUGGGGAGAUUGACGAGUAGCGAUAAAGCUCACGGCAUUCCUUUCGAUGUCAAGAAGAAUGUCGCGAUGAUGAUACAUACCAACGAGAUCGAAAAGCGCAUGACCUCUGGCACGUCAUACAAGAAUUGUUUUAAAGGGGUUGACCUGCGAAGAACACACAUCGCCUGCGUCGUGUGGGCGAUUCAAAACUUGUGCGGUGCGGGUAUUAUGGGUUACUCGACCUAUUUCUAUGAACAAGCUGGGCUCGACCCUAAGAACUCUUUCAAUAUGGCGAUGGCUCAGUACGGAAUUGGGGCAGUUGGGACUAUUUCCUCCUGGGUUUUCAUGACCUACUUCGGACGACGCAACCUCUACAUAGUGGGACUUAUCCUUUUGGAUAUUUGUCUGUUCGUCAUCGGAUUCAUCGCUCUUGGUCCCUCGAAACCUGCGACGCAGUGGGCUACCGGCUCCAUGCUCCUCGUCUAUACCUUCUUCUACGAUGUCACGGUCGGACCUGUUUGUUACUCUAUAGUUUCUGAGAUUUCAUCCACGAGGCUUCGAGCUAAAACUAUCGUCUUGGCCAGGAGUUUAUACAGCAUAUUCAGCAUCGUCAAUGGAGUCAUUAUCCCACACAUGCUGAAUCCAACGGCUUGGAACUGGAAAGGAAAAUCUGGAUUUUUUUGGGGCUCUAUUUGCUUCUGUUGUAUCGUUUGGUGCUACUUUAGUCUACCAGAACCGAAAGGCCGCUCAUACGGUGAACUCGAUUUAUUAUUCGAGAACAAAGUCAGCGCUCGAAAGUUCAAAUCCAAGACUGUCGAUCUUACGAGCGAAGAGGUUCGUGAAGACAGCAGGCAAGUCCUCACAAUGGCAGCCGCAAGCCAUUGA